AUGACUGCCGCCUGGAAAGCCGCUGGCCUUACCUACAACCGUUACCUGGCCAUUGCCGCCCGGACGGUGCGCCGCUCUCUGAAGGAGACCCCUCGCCUCAACGCCGAGCGCCGUGGCCUGAUGGACCUGCGUUUUGCCAAGUGGGAGUCCGGCAAACAGGGCACUGUCCGCUCUCUGGCCCAAGCCAACAAUGAGGCCGUUGCUAAGGCCGCUGAGAAAUAA